AUGUUUGAUACAGAUAAAUAUUUAAAAGAACAUCCAUUAUUAUCAAAACUUGUUGGUGAAAAUAAAAUCUUAUUUGAAUGUAGUGCAAUAGCACCUUCACCAUCAAAAGAUUAUGGUCGAAUUGAAAUUAAUUUUGAUCAAGUAAUUGUUCAAUGGUGGAAAAUAACUCUUCGAAAUAUCGAAGGUUCAAUAUAUCCAUCUGAAAUAAGAAAUUCUUAUAAAGAUUUUUCUGAUGAUGAAAUCGCUCAACGUGAAAUAAUUCGAAUAUUUGGUAAAAAAACUCUUGAUUAUUGUUUAAAUUUAAUCAAUGGUAAUAUCGAUUGGUUUAAAUAUUUACCAUUAAAUAUUCAAAUAAAUAUAUUUUCAUUUGUUAAUAUAAAUGAUAUUCCAAAUCUAUCUCAAGUAUCAAAAUUAUUUCGUUCAAUAUCUCGUCAUAAUGAACUUUGGAAAAUCCUUUAUAUACGUCAACAUGGUUAUCGACUUUUAAAUAAUCAUUUUUUUAUGCAUUUAGUUCAAAUACAUGGUUGGCGUCGACUUUUUUUUACUAAUAGAUUAAAAUUACAAAUGGAAUUACGUAGACAAGCUUUACCAAUUAUUUAUCAUCAACAAUAUUCAACAGAUUUUGACAAUGCACAACAAUAUACAAAACAAUUUAAAACAACUUCAUCAACGAUACUAACAGAACAAGAAGAAGAACGAUAA